AUGCCUCGUUCCAAUCACCACAAACGCAGUCGGCGACCACGACCCUCCAAACUAGCCCUCACUUUGUCCUUUUUCUUCCUCUCCACUCUCCCCUCCGCUUCCUCCACCACCGCAGUGCAAAGGCGAGACGGUUGGAGACCAGACACAGAACUUCCCGGUGCACCAUUCAUUAUUGGAGAUGGCAAGAAUGAAGGGUCCAAGGUAAAAGGUUACGAUGGAGAGUGGCCUUUAUGGUCUUCCCUGCGCACCGACUCCGCCUCCCCCAACCCAACAUCGAAUCAAGGAAAAGGAGGAUUAGAAGCUAUCGACGCAACUUCACCCAUAUCCGGCACUCCAGCGGGGAACGCGACGAAAUACGUCUGUGCACCGAUCUCCGACUGCAACAGCUGUUCCAAAGACGUCAUUCAUCUGCCUUAUUGCAGACCAUACAAUAACCGUCGUCGAACAGCCUGCGUUCCCAUCUCCCAACCCUCCUCUCCCGAAUCGAUCAAAGCUGCGCUUUCACUCGCUUCUUCAGCCAAAGAUGAAGACGAGGCUGGGGGUAAGAAAGGUGCAAUGUUAGGGUGGGAAGCUUGUGGGAAAUCAGCUAGGCAAGAGGGAAGGGAUUACUUUGAAAUGAUCGCUGUAGUGGCAAGUAUAGCGCUGUUUAGCAUUUGGGCUUUUGUUCAGAGGCAGAAGUUGCUUUUUAGGAGACAGAAUCAGAUGUUGCAGAGUAGAGUUACAGGUCAGAGACGGUUACCUGGGGUAACGGUUCGGUUGGGGCAGGGCGGGCAGAGAGGGAUACGGAAGAAGAGAAGUGCGAGGUUGGGGAGUCGCAUUUGA